CUGUGACUGCCGGCAGAGGACGCGUGCCCGGAGGAGGCACGGCGCGAGGAUGAAGCGCAUCGGAAGAGAAGAAUAACCGGCCACCUCCACCCUCCCCGCAGCCUCACUGCUCCCGUGACUUGGCUUUUAUGCCCCCUCCCCCCGGCUAGGAAACCUUGACUUGCGGGCCAAGAACAACCCCCUGCAACCCGGGGCGCGUCUGGGUCUCGAGACCCCCCCCCCCCCCCCGCCUUUGGAUGCAGCCGUGCUGGAAGGAACCCCGAGACGCUCUGCUCCGGAGAAGCCACCAUGAAUUCCGUAGCUGGGAAUAAAGAGAGGCUUGCGGUCUCCAGCAGGGGCAAGAAAUACGGGGUGAAUGAAGUCUGCUCGCCCACCAAGCCCGCGGCGCCCUUCUCCCCUGAGAGCUGGUACCGGAAAGCGUAUGAGGAGUCGCGCGCCGGCAGCCGGCCCACCCCCGAGGGCGCGGGCUCGGCGCUCGGCUCGUCCGGGACCCCGUCCCCCGGCUCGGGCACCUCGUCCCCCAGCUCCUUCACGGGCUCCCCGGGCCCCGCCUCCCCGGGCAUCGGCACCAGCUCGCCGGGCUCCCUGGGCGGCUCGCCGGGCUUCGGCACGGGCUCCCCGGGCUCGGGCAGCGGCGGCGGCUCCUCCCCCGGCUCGGACCGCGGCGUCUGGUGCGAGAACUGCAACGCCCGCCUGGUGGAGCUGAAGAGGCAGGCCCUGAAGCUGCUGCUCCCGGGGCCCUUCCCCGGCAAGGACCCGGCUUUCUCGGCUGUGAUCCAUGACAAACUCCAGGUCCCCAACACCAUCCGGAAGGCGUGGAAUGACCGUGACAACCGCUGUGACAUUUGUGCCACACACUUGAACCAGCUGAAGCAGGAGGCCAUCCAGAUGGUGCUAACCUUGGAGCAGGCAGCCGGCAGUGACCACUACGAUGCCUCACCCGGCUCUCCCCCACCGCUCUCCAACAUCCCCUCCCUGGUGGGGUCCCGGCACGUGGGCGGGCUGCAGCAGCCCAGGGAUUGGGCCUUUGUGCCUGCGCCCUAUGCCACCUCCAACUACACAGGCUUUGCCAACAAGCACAGCAGCAAACCCAACAGCCUUGGGGUCAGCAAUGGGGCUGAAAAGAAGAGUGGAUCCCCAGCUCACCAGGCCAAGGUCAGCCUCCAGAUGGCCACCAGUCCCAGCAAUGGGAACAUCCUCAACUCAGUUGCCAUCCAGGCCCACCAGUACCUGGACGGCACCUGGUCCCUGUCGAGAACCAAUGGGGUCACCCUGUACCCCUACCAGAUCUCGCAGCUGAUGACGGAGGCUGGCCGGGAAGGCCUGACUGAAGCAGCGCUGAACCGCUACAACGCCGACAAGCCGGCAGCCUCCCAGGGCUCCUGCGCGGCUGGCGACACUCCGGCCGGCACCUCGGUGGCCGCGUCCUUCUUCGCACGAGCUGCCCAGAAGUUAAAUCUGUCUUCUAAAAAGAAGAAGCAUCGCCCAUCUGCCUCCGCCGUGUCUGAGCCGCCCCCCUUUGCCACCAGCUUCAGUGGGAUUCUGCAGACCGCCCCGCCCCCCGCCCCGCCCUGUCUGCUGCGGGCGGUGACCAAGGUGAAAGAUACCCCGGGCCUGGGCAAGGUGAAGGUCAUGCUCCGCAUUUGCUCCACUUUGGCUCGGGACACCUCCGAAUCCAGCUCCUUCCUCAAGGUGGACCCCCGGAAGAAGCAGAUCACCCUGUACGAUCCCCUGACUUGUGGCGGGCAAGGAGCCUUCCCGAAGAGAGGCAGCCAGGUUCCUCCGAAGAUGUUUGCCUUUGAUGCGGUUUUCCCCCAGGAUGCAUCUCAGGCUGAAGUGUGUGCCGGAACCGUGGCAGAGGUGAUCCAGUCUGUGGUCAACGGAGCCGACGGCUGUGUGUUCUGUUUCGGCCACGCCAAGCUGGGAAAAUCCUACACCAUGAUCGGAAAGGACGACUCCAUGCAGAACCUCGGCAUCAUCCCCUGCGCCAUCUCCUGGCUCUUCAAGCUCAUCAAUGAACGGAAGGAGAAGACCGGAGCCCGUUUCUCCGUCCGGAUCUCAGCCGUGGAGGUGUGGGGCAAGGAGGAGAACCUCCGGGACCUGCUGUCUGAGGUGGCCACGGGCAGCCUGCAGGACGGCCAGUCCCCAGGCGUGUACCUCUGCGAGGACCCCAUCUGCGGCACGCAGCUGCAGAACCAGAGCGAGCUGCGGGCCCCCACCGCAGAGAAAGCCGCCUUCUUCCUGGAUGCCGCCAUCGCCUCCCGGCGGAGCAGCCAGCAGGACUGCGAGGAGGACGACCACCGCAACUCCCACAUGCUCUUCACCCUGCACAUCUACCAGUACCGGAUGGAGAAGAGCGGGAAAGGCGGAAUGUCUGGAGGCCGCAGCCGCCUGCAUCUCAUUGACCUUGGCAGCUGUGUGAAGGCCCUGAGCAAGAACCGGGAAGGAGGCUCGGGGCUGUGCCUCUCGCUGUCGGCUCUGGGGAACGUCAUCCUGGCUCUUGUCAAUGGCAGCAAACACAUCCCGUACAAGGAGAGCAAGCUCACCAUGCUGCUGCGGGAGUCCCUGGGGAACAUGAACUGUCGCACCACCAUGAUCGCGCACAUCUCGGCCGCGGCCGGCAACUACGCGGAAACCCUGUCCACCAUCCAGAUCGCCUCGAGGGUCUUGAGGAUGAAGAAAAAGAAGACGAAGUACACGUCGAGUUCCUCUGGGGGAGAGAGCUCCUGUGAGGAAGGCAGAAUGCGCAGGCCCACGCAGCUGCGCCCCUUCCACGCCAGGGCCACCGUGGACGACUUCCCCAUGGCCCACCUGUCCAGCGACCCCGACUACUCCUCCAGCAGCGAGCAGUCCUGUGACACGGUCAUCUACAUCGGGCCCAACGGCACGGCCCUUUCGGACAAGGAGCUCACCGACAACGAGGGCCCGCCGGACUUUGUCCCCAUCGUGCCGGCCCUGCAGAAGAGCCGGGGUGACAGCCGGGCCAUGGAGGCGGCCGAGGCCGGCGCCAGCAAACCCGAACGGGACUGCCUGAAGUGCAACACGUUUGCCGAGUUGCAGGAGCGGCUGGACUGCAUCGACGGCAGCGAAGAGCCCAGCAAGUUUCCUUUCGAGGAGCUGCCUGUCCAGUCUGGGGCGGAGCAGGCGAGCAAGGGCCCCCCGCCGAGCCGUGCGGCUGGGGCGAGCCCACUGUCUGAGUCCGAUCAGGAAGACGAUGGCUCAGCCAGCCAGCUGGCCCACAGAGAAGGCACGGAGCCCUCCGCCUCCAAGAUGCAGAGCAACCACGCGCCUGUGCCGGCCCCGGCCUCGCCCAGGAGCGUCCCGGGCAGCAGCAGCGGUGGCAGUGGCAGUGGCGGCCAGCACGGCACGUCCCAGCUCGCGCAGAGCCCCAGCCUCCAGAGCAGCCGGGAGAGCCUGAACUCCUGCGGCUUUGUGGAGGGCAAGCCCAGGCCCAUGGGCUCCCCCCGGCUGGGUGUCGCCAGCCUGUCCAAGACCUCCGAGUACAAACCGCCUAGCUCUCCCUCCCAGAGGUGCAAAGUCUACACCCAGAAGGGCGUCCUGCCCAGCCCGGCCCCCUUGCCUCCCUUGAGCAAGGACUCCGGGGUGGCCUCCAGCGAGUCCUUGCUGCAGCCCGAAGUGCGCACCCCUCCGGUGGGAAUGAGCCCGCAGGUGGUGAAGAAGUCCAUGUCUGCCGGGAGCUCCGGAUUCCCGGCCGCCCCCGGGGAGCCUCAGGCAGCCACCCCGCCGGACGCCAAGAAGGAGAUCCUGAGCACCACGACGGUGACAGUGCAGCAGCCGCUGGAGCUGAAUGGCGAGGACGAGCUCGUGUUCACGCUGGUGGAGGAGCUGACCAUCAGCGGGGUGCUGGACAGCGGCCGCCCCACCAGCGUCAUCAGCUUCAACAGCGACUGCUCCGUGCAGGCCCUGGCCUCGGGCUCGCGCCCCGUCAGCAUCAUCAGCAGUAUCAGCGAGGACCUGGAGUGCUGCUCCAGCGUGGCCCCCGUCUCCGAGGUCAGCAUCACGCAGUUCCUGCCCCUGCCCAAGCUGGGCCUGGACGAGAAAGCUCGGGAGACCGGGAGCCGCCGCUCCUCCAUCAGCUCCUGGCUGAGCGAGAUGAGCACAGGCAGUGACGGGGAGCAGUCGUGCCACAGUUUCAUAGCCCAGACGUGUUUCGGGCACGGGGAGGCGAUGGCAGAGCCUCCGGCCUCGGAGUUUGUCAGCAGCAUCCCAAACGCCGCCGUGGUGUGCAGAGAGAAGCCGGCAGCGGGCCCCGACAACCUGCUCAUCCUGUCUGAAAUGGGCGGGGAAGAGUCCUUCAGCAAGGCCACCCCUAUCAAAGGCUGCAAAAUAUCCACCCUGGGCAAGGCCAUGGUCACGAUCUCCAACACGGCCAACCUGAGCAGCUGUGAAGGGUACAUCCCCAUGAAGACCAACAUCACGGUGUACCCUUGCAUCGCCAUGAGCCCCCGGAGCAUCCAAGAGCCCGAGCUUGGUGGUGCCACCCCCAAAGCAGCCCCCAGGGCUGCCCAGGCCCGGGAGAGUAAGGAAACUGGGGCAAAGAAAGAGAUGAAAUUUGAGGACCCCUGGCUGAAGCGAGAAGAGGAGGUAAAGAAAGAGAAUGCUUACCCCAGUGAAGAGGGUGCGAGGCUCGAGAUGGCAAUGGGGCCCUCCAAGCCGGAGGCCAGGGCAGAGCAGGAGCAGGACCAGGACCGGAAGCCCAGCCCUGGGGACAGGCUGAGUGGCAGCAGCUGUGGGAGCGGCGGCGAGGUGUCCGCCUCCCCGGGGCCGGAUAGCUUCCGGAGGGUGGUGGAUGGCUGUGAGGGGGCUCUGCCAGCUCUGGCUGCCCAGAGCCCCGUGCACCCUAGCAGGAGCCUCAAGUCCAGCAGCCUUCCCAGGGCGUCUCAGAAAGGCAACAGGCAGGAGGAGCCGGACGGCCUCUUCUUCCACUGUGCGGCUGACACCAAGGCCGCCCUGGACCGGAAGGUGGCUUCCCCGAAGCAUUGUGUCCUGGCCCGGCCCAAAGGGACCCCGCCUCUGCCUCCUGUCCGCAAGUCCAGCUUGGACCAGAAGAACCGGGCCAGCCCCCAGCACAGCGCCAGCAGUAGCAGCAGCACGGGCAGCCCCUUGAACCAGCCAGCCACCUUCCUGGCCAGCUUCCCUGACGAGGCCAGCGGCGCAGGCAAGGGCAAGGACUCCAGCAGCAGCAGCAGCAGCAGCAGGCUCUUCAGUGCCAAGCUGGAGCAGCUGGCCAGCAGGACCAACUCCCUGGGCAGGGCCACAGUCAGCCACUACGAGUGUCUCUCGCUGGAGAGGGCCGAGAGCCUGUCUUCCAUGAGCUCUCGGAUGCACGCCAGCAAAGACAGCACCAUGCCCCGAGCAGGCAGGAGCCCGGGCCGCAGCGCUGGGGGGUCGCCGCCCACCUGCGGCCUGCCCCAGUCGGCUGGGGCCUCGCCCAAAGCCAGCCAGUCCAAGAUGUCAGCCGUGAGCAAGCUCCUGCUGGCCAGCCCCAAGGCGCGCGGCCUGUCCACUUCCACCACCAAAACCCUCAGCUUCUCAACCAAGUCCCUGCCGCAGUCGGUGGGCCAGAGCGCCAGCUUGCCCCCCAGCGGGAAGCACAUGUCCUGGUCCACGCAGUCCCUGAGCAGGAACCGCAGCUCGGGACUGGCUUCCAAGCUGCCGCUGCGAGCCGUCAACGGGCGCAUCUCGGAGCUGCUGCAGGGCAGCGCGGGCGCCCGCGGCUUGCAGCUGCGGGCCGGGCCCGAGGCGGAGGAGCGCGUCGCCGCUCCCGCGGAGGACAAGCCGGCGCCCGCGCACCUGCUGCCUUCACCCUACAGCAAGAUCACGCCGCCCCGCAAGCCCCACCGCUGCAGCAGCGGCCACGGCAGUGACAACAGCAGCGUGUUGAGCGGGGAGCUCCCGCCGGCCAUGGGGAAGACGGCCUUGUUCUACCACAGUGGCGGCAGCAGCGGCUACGAGAGCAUGAUGAGGGACAGCGAGGCCACGGGCAGCGCGUCCUCCGCCCAGGACUCCAUGAGCGAGAACAGCAGCUCCGUGGGCGGCAGGUGCCGGAGCCUGAAAGCCCCGAAGAAGCGGUCGGCGUCAGGUGCCCAGCGACGGAGACUCAUCCCAGCCUUGUCCCUGGACACCGCCUCCCCGGUGAGGAAGCCCGCCAACAGCACCGGGGGCCGCUGGGUGGACGGCCCCUUGCGGAGCACCCAGAGGGGCCUUGGAGAGCCUUUUGAGAUCAAAGUCUACGAGAUCGAUGACGUGGAACGCCUGCAGCGCCGACGCGGGGGCGCCAGCAAGGAGGUCAUGUGCUUCAACGCAAAACUGAAGAUUCUAGAGCAUCGCCAGCAGAGGAUCGCCGAAGUCCGGGCCAAGUACGAGUGGCUGAUGAAGGAGCUGGAGACGACCAAGCAGUACCUGAUGCUGGACCCCAACAAGUGGCUCAGUGAAUUCGACUUGGAGCAGGUGUUGGAGCUGGAUUCCCUGGAGUACCUGGAGGCACUUGAGUGUGUGACGGAGCGCCUGGAGAGCCGCGUGAACUUCUGCAAGGCGCAUCUCAUGAUGAUCACCUGCUUCGACAUCACCUCCAGGCGUCGGUAAAGAGCCGGGCCGCCGGCUCCCCGGGACUGACGGGGCGGCCCCCUCCCCAGGCCCUCUGUGCUGGCAGCACCCAGAGACAAUAGAAUGAGGAUGAAGGUUGGUGGCAAGUCUGGAGUGAGUUGAGCGGAAGGCGAUUUUUCUUUUGUUUCCUGUAGGAAAGGUGCAAACACUAAACACGCAUAGAAGGAGAGAAUGAUGGGAAGCCCAAGGGACGUGGAAGCCCUGUGAGACUGAACAAGCACUUUGUGGAACUUCAGAGAACUUGUUUGUACAUAAGAACUGCUAGCAAAAGGGAGCUCACUCUUGUCUUGCUUUUGUGAGGAAAGGGGAGGGUAGACGUAGACUUGCUGUGGAAAGCGGGGGAAAAAAAAAAGAAAAACAUACACACACCCCAGAAUGAUUGAUUAAGUGCCUUGCAAAUCUUUGAUUAUCCAAACAUUUAUGUUCAUACUUUCUUGUGUACAGAUGGUGCUAGUCAAGAUGAAAACAGCAAAACAAAAUCCCACACGUUUUUCUCUGGGUGUUUUAUCCUGUUUCUGACUUGCUGUUUCUAAGUAAGUUGUGUUUGUAGAGAUAUUUCCUAAUCAGUACUGCAUAUGAAUGAAUGUUCCUGUCUUUGAUGGUUAUCCCGGUAAGGCCACUCAAACAGGACGCAGAGACUUCAUUGCCACAAGCCAGUGUGUGUUUCCAAAGAGAGCUUGGAGCAGCAGGUGACGCUAAGUGCCACCUCUUAUAAGCAGCAGGUCAGCGGGUGCACGCAGGGCUGACCAGGGAGCAGGUGCACAUGAACUUGAGAGACCAGGAGAGGAGACAGGGCCUGCAGCUUGAAGGAAAAAGGAAUCCUUGGUGCCCUGGGCCCACUCUCUCCUUGUAGGUGGGCUCUUUAUUCCAGCCCUCCUUUCUCCACAAAUCCAGGGUGUUUGUGGCCCUCAGAACUUUUUCAUGACUAUUUUUAUUCCAAAGACUCUGGAUUGGAAGCUUGAACCAAUUCAGCGGAGCCAUAGUUCUUUGUUCUAGGUUGGUGAAUUGAUGGAAGCAGGGGCUUUUUCCCUUCAGACGCCUGCUCGGGCUUGUGUGUGCUCCGAUACUCCCAGUGUUGGUUUAGAACAAGAUGCUUGGCCUGGGACUGCACACAUUUUCUUUUGUCCAGAAUCACUGCCUAAAAGCGAGAAGUGCAGCUCUCCCCUAUCCAGAGCCUCCGUACCCAAAAGGGGCGAGUUUGGUUCCCAGAACCCUUGCAUCUGAAGGUAGAGUACGGUUUCUCCUCCCAGCGUCAUGGAACCCUAAGUUUAAGGAGGGUGGAUGUGCAGGUCUUGGCUCCUGACCUCAUUCUCAAAUUGCAGCAGCUGCCGAUGGGAUUUUUAUACCCAUGUUAGUGGUGGGAGCCAGAGGCAGAGCAGGACCAAGGAAUCGUCACGAUGCCGCUGGCCAGCACCCCAAGGAGCCCAGGAGGCCCGUGGGAGCUGGGCAGACCCUCUCCAGGAGUUUCUGCAGCCUUGCUGUGCGUGUAGGUGCUCAGGGAGUACUGCAGGCUCCUCUGGAGUGGAUCACUUCCCACUCUGUGCAUCCCUCCAGAUGGACAAAUAAGUAGCCUCGGGACGUAGGGCCUCCCUCAGCUCCUCAAUGCUAACCCCUUCAGCAGGAUAGCCCUGGGGCUCCUAGCCCACCUCUGGCCCCACAGCAUGUGUGCAGAGGGGCUUAAUUGCAAUAUUCUUGCAAGCCUCUGAACCCAGGAGGCUGCCAACCCUUCGAGUCUGCCACUUGGCACUCCUUCUCCUUGCUGGUUCCAAAGACACAACCUCAGGCACAGCUGCUCGUCUGUGCAUUUCCAAAGGUGAGUGCUCUGGUUUUUGGUUGGAAGCAGAUUUGUUGCAUUGGGAAUCAGUGAGCUUAGCUUGUGGAGUGGUCGCCAUGCUGCCCAGACUCCUCAGCAGGCCAGCACAGGGCCUGGUGCCCCUCCCGCAGUGAAACCCAGUGGAGACAUUUACAGGGAUGAACCUGCCAUCGGCGGCCUCUUUCCUGGGGUGAGGUCGUCAGGCCUGCUGCCUAAACCCGCGCUUGGGUUCAUGCAUUCUGCACAUCUACAUCAACUUUUUGAUAUACACAAAAGGGUGAAGGACACCAAGAGUUACCUUCCUCAGCCAGGAUGCCACGCUGUGGAACAUCUCUUAAGACCCCGCUGGCAGGGGCUGGCGCUGUGGCAUAGCGGGGUAAGCUGCAGCCUGUGACGCUGGAGUCGCAUAUUAGAGUGCUGGUUCGAGUCCUGGCCAGGCUGCUGCACUUCUACUCCAGUUUCCUGCUGAUCCCCAAGUACUUGAGCCCCAAUCUAAAAAAAAAAAAAAGAAAAUCCUGUUGGCCAGAGUAUGUAGAAGGACAUCUUUGCAGAGAUGUUGUCUGUCUUGUUUCAACCUAAGUAAGCCGCAAACAUCUUAAUGCACCAAGUUUUACAAAAACCUGAAGAAAUCCCCUAUGCUGUGCUAUGCUCUGCUCGUUCCUGCUCAGGCUCCCUGGGCACAGAGGAAGCAGGCCUCGGCCCUCUGUGUGGAUGCAGUCCCAGUAACUGCUGGGUGCCUCACCCGGAGACCUGGGGUGGGAGUCUUGGGCCUCCUUCCUGUCUUGGCGACGUGUAAGUCAGGAAGGCAAAGGGAAUGCUAACUCAUUUCCACUUCAUUAUGCUUAAAUGAAAGGAGCCAAAAAAUGUGUAUUUGAAAUUAACACGUAGACACAGAAGCCUUAAUUGCCUGUCUGAAUGCUGGCCCCGCGUGCCCUGCUCCAGGCGGGUUGGAGUGGACGCGAUGCCUUAGCAGCCAAGCAAAACUAAGAUCCAAACAGGGAGCCGGUGAAGCUGCUUGCCCAGGGGGAGCCACGCUGCACUUGGCGCUGGCCACGCGCUGAGCAGCGGCAGUCGGCUUCGUCCUGGGCUCUCGGUGCCCACCUGCUCGCAGGAGCCUUUGAUCUUCUUGUCCUUGAAGCCCCCUGCACAUCACGAGGGAGCCGCCUGUGACUUUCAUCUCUUUCCGAGUUGAAAUUAGAACACCCUGCCUGUUGUUUUACCUGACUGCUAUUCUGAGCAUGCCAUGCCAAGACAGCGGUGGGCCCUGUAUUGACACAGGUGGAAAUCACACAGGGACCCCAAGUGGGGAAGGGGCUCCUCGAAUUAAAAGCUGGGAUUUAAAAAAAAAAAAAAGCCCACACAGCUCAAGGUGGGAAGUGGAGCGGGCAGCAGUGUGCCCAGCAGGUGAUGCGUUCGUGAGCCUGCAGCACCGAUUGCAGUCAGACUUGUCCUCCAGGGUAGAGGUCCCAGGCGCCUUGCACACACGUACGGGUCAUAUGUUUACCACGUGCGUUUUCAUUCAAGUGUUGAGCAAGAAACACCAUUGUGCCCCACUUGGGUGUCUGUCACUCGUGUCCCUGUAAACCGGCUGCUGGCUUUGGGCUUCAGGUUAUAACACUCACCAUUCACUGUGGCCACUCCGUAAGCCUUCAUUAUGGGCGUUACUGUUGGAAAGCUGCAGUCUGACCGUGACGUCGUGGGCUAGAAGGCAAGGCUGCCAAGAGCCCGUGGAUUCUCCAUUGCACACGUAGCUGUCGGUGUCACCGGCGGCUGCUGAUCUGUAACCGAGCCCUUCAAAGUAAUGGUGCAUUGAAUGUUUUUAGGUUUCUUCUUCCCAGAUGGAGUUUAGACUGUAAAAGAGAUCGCUAAAGAGGAGUUCGUCUCCAAACUGAAAACGUUUCAUGAAUCUACUCAUGUUUCUUCCUGCUGGGAUAGUGCCCCACUCUGAGCAGAUGCAAAGCGUUUCGUUGCUGUUGAAGGCAGCGUGUUUUAUACCCAGAAACCAUGCGGGUAAGGAACAGUUGAACGUCCUGUUCGCUGGUAGUUGAUGCUGACGAAAUAUCCUUUGCCAUUGUCCCUGCUGCCACCUGGGCAAAGCAGCCCAGUUUUCCACGCCAGGAGGGGAACUCUUGGAGGCUGCCUCCCAUACCCGAGCCUUCUGCCUGGGGAGAAAAGGCCAGCCCAGCCCACUGUGUCUGCCCCCAGGGAAGUAAAGCCGGUUAUUCGGCUUCCUGGAUGCUGCCUGGGUCAGUUCUGAAGUUCUGGGGAGAGUCGGGAGCGACAGGUGGUGGCGAAACCGUGUUCCUCUCUCCUCCAGCAAGUGUCUGCCAACGUGUGUGGGUAAAACUUACCAACUGUGUUCCUUAGCAAUCUUCCUGAAGACAUAGCAUUGUUAAAUUACAAAUUGUUCAUUAUUCCUGUGGUAAUAAAAGCAUAGUUCCAGUCCAGAAGAAACAUGUUUUACAAACUGAUUUGUCCACCCAUAAACCAACACAUUCUGCUUUCGGUGAUCCCACUCAGAACCUAAGGUGAUGGCAUGAUAUUGGACCCCAGGGGUGCCUGAGGCAGCGUCAAGCCUUCAUCCAUCUAAGCGGAGGUCCCCAGCAUCUCCACGUGAGGCACUCACACACCUGUGUGAUGUACAUGGACAUGACCUUCCAAACUGAAAGCAGUCCAUUCCUUCAUUCCCCUAACACACUCAGUUUGUGAAGACGUUCUGAUUAAUUUGUCAACUCGGGCUGUUGAUUUACAGCAUUGCUGGUGUGUUUUUGUCACUCAUUUAUAUAUCACGUUGGGCUUGCUGUCCGAGUGCUGUGCACUAAUGUGUUGGUCUGGGGGACCUGUCUGCAGCUGUGUCCUGUCCAUGCAUUUCUCCCUCUAGCAGAGUCUGUCAGCACAGACAUGGGCUGUGAGGACAGAGAAAUAAAUCCAGAGAACCGGGAUUCGGGGCCAGUCCUCCAAGUAUACAGCAGUUUACGAGCUAAGCUGUCUGCGUAGUGAGUAGCCAAAGGGGAAAAAUCCCUUUGUUGUGAAUUUGAUGUUAAUGGUCUUAGAAAUCUACAGGCGGGGUGGAAGAUGAUCCAGACUCUUCCUGCUGGCUCAACAUUAAAUUUCAGGAAAGUGCUGAUGGUAUUUGCUUCCUACUUUUCCCUAAGGUCCCAGCCACCCCCACUCCCUACCCCCAGUGCUAAGAGAGUUGAGAAAGCAACUAGAGGUUGUUACCUUGGAUAUAUAAAUAACCUUUUUUUUUUUUUUCUGGAAAAACCAAAGCACUUUAGUGUUUCUUACAACCUGUAAUAGUACUUAAGGCAUCUUUGCCCCCUCACUCGACCCUUGAGAAGCAGGGAGGGGCUGGGGUCGGCAGUGACUUUUGAGAGGCAGCCAAUCCUGGGAGGAAGAGCCUUGGGCUAGGAGAAAGGCAGCAGGUGCCAGGCCUGGCUCCAUCAUCAGCUGUGCCAUCUGGGGUGGGUCACCUUACUCUGCUGGACCUCGGGUUCCCCAGAGGAAGAUGGGGCAGGGAGGGGGCUGCUAGAAGCUGCCCUUCUGGAAUAGGGUGAAGCAAAAAUGGUAUCCCCGAUGGGACACGCUUUGAAGAAAUUAACGCUCUCUGUACGAGCUGGGGAUAAUCAUGUAGAGAUGAAGAAGCUGAAGUCAAUUGUCACAUCUGGUUCAAGUUCACAGAGCAGUUUUAUAACAGAACGGGGCUUAUGUCCAGUACAGCGGACUCUUCCCACAAGAUCAUGUUGCACCAGGGGUGUGUGUAUGUGAACGCACACAUCACUCUUUACCUGUGUGAGUGUGGAUGUGUGAGUGUAGAAGGCAUGUGACAAGAUGGGAGAGCAUAGGACAGAAACCCUGAGUUCUAAUUCCAGUUUCCACAGGAGUCCUAUGGCCUUGGAUACCUUACCUAACUUCUCUGGAACUCAGUUUUCUCAUCUGUGAAGUGAGGACAUUGUGCUAAAUGAUCUUUGUAGUUCCUUCCGGCUCUAGCUCUGUGAUUCCACGAUGAGUAAUGUAUGUAUGUAUGUAUAUAUAAAUAUGCUUAUCUGUAGAAAUGGGCCCAUCUGAAAUUUGGAGACAAGGCCUGCCCAAGUGCAUUUAUUGUGUCAGAAACACGAAUUCACAAACAAGUUCAUAGUAUCUUAUUUUGAAAAUCAAUGGUAGUAUUUAAUGUCAUUAUUUUAAAUCCACUGUUUAA